GUAUUUAAGAGCUGGUGUGUCCAGCAGGAAGCUCUGGCACUAUGCAGUUAGAGAGAGCUCUCCAGUCUUGUAUCUUAAAUACAAAUUUGCUGUAUAUUUCUCCACUUGGUUUGUAAAUGGGCUGUUAAAAAUUCACUAUAGGUGGGACCUUAAUUCAGUAUCCAAAGAGCUAAAUACCAAACCCAAGCAAGUGUCAGUGUGAUUGGACAGGUCAAAGUGGUACACACCCAUAGCCAGUGCAAACCGAAAUCCAUCCCCUGUGAGCUGCCCGCCUGUGUUCACAGCCACCAGUGCCCCUGGCCUGCAAGUGAGUCACUUCUUACUAUUUUAAUUAACAUGCUAGUUCAGUUUUCUGUUUUGUAUGAAGCCUCAUUCAUUCUUACCCUAUUUGCAAAUAGUUCUCAUUUUCAAGUGAAUCUAUUUUUAAAAGUGGCCUCAAAGCAUGUUUUUCAGUAUCUAACCAGUGUCUGGUUUGCUGUCCGUGUGUUGCGUAGAGGUGGAAUUUGUUCAAAGUUAGCUCUGAAAUAAUAUGUGUGUUUUUAAUAAUCAGCUUGCAAUAAACAGGGGAAGGUGGCUUCUUCCCUGCUCGGGGAACUGCCAUAAUCUGUGACUUCUGACGAUAUUCUAGAAGGAAAAACUGUCAUCCUGGUGUCAUGUGCAGCCACAAGGAUUUCUGUAAGUCAUGAUUAAGACUUUAAUUCUGGGCUUUUACAGAGCAAGUGUGGAACGAGCGAAGAUAAUGGUGAUCUGUGCAAAGCAGCCACUAGAGAGGGAGCUAUGUCAUGUUUCCUUUCCCCUUUGCCUAGCCUGCUGUUUGCUGCACCUAACAACAGUUUCCUUUUCAGAUCUGAGAAGGCGAGAAAGUUGAGAGGGAGGAAUUAUGGCUGAGAGCAGCAUGAGGAAGCUCCCAGCUCUUGAACGUCCUUUGUGGCAAAGUAAAGCCCAGAAUUACAUCCUCGUGCUUCUCCCGGACAUCGAACACGUAGGAAAGCUGCACGUAACGCCAGUGUGGUGCAGGCUCUUGCUAAGGAUGUUGAGGUUACAACUGCAACCUCUCUGCUAUGGGAAAGGGGUCAAUGGGUAUUCUGGUUUCUUAUCACUUGAAGGCAGAAGGAAGUUGGAUAUGAGGAUGGAGAAUGUCUGUUGGUGGGAAUGUGUGAUGCCUCCACUGGGGUGUGUGUUAGCAGCAUCCUGUAGUUUGGUAGGUGCCGGGCUGUGCUGGGUUGGAUGGAAGUCAUCGCAGCUAACCUUAGUGCCAUGUGAAAACAUGCACACUCGUAUCUGUAAGUCUGUUUUGUGUUUUGUAGUAGCUGCUGUGAUAUUAUAGAUGGUGCUGGAGCAUAGAGGAAGAAGUUGGGUUUAGUUUGCUCAAAGGAUAAUGGAUGCUUUGGAGGAAGGAAUGUUUGUUUGCACCUCUCAGUACCUCGUUGCAGAAAACGGUAUCUUCUGUGAACCUUAAGUGAUGGGUAGGGAAUCUGUUUUGCAUUUUGAAAACACAAAUGUAAAGCUAAUACCCUGGGCAUGUUAUGAUUUUGAUGGCAAUGCUGUAUCUACCUCUUAACUGCUGUAGUUCAAGUGUAGCAUCCUUUGCUCCAUCUCCUAAACAGCCAUGCAGAAUUAUGUACUGUGAAAUGCAACUAAGAUACGUCCCAGACUAUUUCUUCAUCCCUUUUUCCCACCAGUACAACAUUAAAACCUUGGAAGUUACCAUAUAAAAGGAGAAAGAAAAUUAAAGGUCAGAGUGCUUUAGUGUAGUAAAAAUUCAGAGGAGGCAGAUACAAAGCUAUUCAAAUCACUUCUGACUUCAGGCAGGUGGAUUUUCCUAUUUCUUGCAUAUGUUCCCAUGGUAAAAGUAGUAUCUCAUCUGUCUCAUAGCUGACCACUAGCAUAUGUGUUUCAAGCACAGCCAGAAAAUACUCCUUUGAAGCUUUGGCCAGGCCCUGCAAUCGUCCUGACUUGUCUUUUCUACAUCUUUCCUUCACCUGUAGAAGCAGCCUGCAACACCUGGCAAGACCUACUUAGCGCCUGUGUUGUCUGUCAUCUCCUGCCAUGCUGCAGAAUACAGAGUUAAAUCUAAAAAUAGGCUUAAAAAGAGCUUUCUUGAGCGAAGCAGAUCUGUUCGGAGCUGUGAAAACGCAGAGGAGCCAUAGUGAGCAAAUGGCACUCAGGGCAGGGAGGGGUGGUUUGCUUCAGUUCUCCCCAGGAGACUGCCUGGAACAUGACUUUGUAAGCCUGACGUGAGAAGCCAAGGUGCUAUUGAAUGCUCCACAAGUUCAUUUAUCUUCAUGGUCUUCUUCUGAGGCAGAAAACUGUCACUCACUGCUGUCCUUUUAACAAGGAGCGACCGUGGCAUCAGGUGAUUAAAUGCUUCAUCCCAAACUAUGUCAGGAACCUGUGGUGAGCUGGACACAUCCCUCAAUCUCUUCUGUCACAGACUAGCCCAUAAUCAGGAAACCAGUCUUCUAACAUAAAUCUGGUCCAAAAUAACCUUAAGCCCCUGUAAAAGGAGUUACGUGCAAUUCCUGCCUGUCUCAGUGAUUAUGUGGCUUCGGUAAUGUUUGUUAAGUGCUUUGAUAUGCUUUGGUGAAGGGCAGAGUGUUAAUAAUUAAAACUGGAAGGAAGUUCUAAAGCAGUAUGUGGAGAUGACGACUGCUUUCUGGUCUGUUAGUUAACAAAAAUGCAAAACAUAAACGCACAAAUCAGCAGGAAUUCAGUUUAACGCUCCCUUCCCCCAGCCACCUGCAUGGGCUGAGGAGAGAAAGCAGCUAAUUGUCUGCUCUGCUGAGGAGAUGAAAGAAGCUGGUCCUACGACAGGAAAGGCUAUUGAACUGCAUGAAGGUGGUAAAUUAUCAGCACUGAAAACCGAGUUGGUGUCUUUAUGUGCUCGAAAAGCACGUUAUUUGUACUGCUCUUGGCAGCGCCGGGGAGCUGAUGAAACCAGCAUCUCGUGACGUGAAUCUUAUGUUUCAGGCCAUGUAAUUAAAGAGGCCUCAAUUAGAUGAAAGGUCAGAAGCUAUGUAAAAACCCAUCUUACAGUUCAAGCCAACUGUUCUCCUCUUCAGCAGAUGCGUAGGACUGUGUUUUAAAACAAUCUCUUGGGACUGACCUAAAAAAAACCCCAGGCUUUUUAAACUCUUAAGAUCAUAACCUUGAGCUUGCUGCAGCUUUAUCCAAAGAGGGAAUUUGAUGGAGCUGAUGCCACACGUGGCAGUACCUGGAGCCGGGAGCCACCACCUCGGCUUUUGUUACUGCACAACAUCCUGUUCAAAAUUGCUCACCUAGAAGCCUUUAGUGGAAGCCCUUGGGCAUGAGGAGUGUGAUAUGAACAAUAUUCCAUUUUAAGUGCUGUUGCCCCAAAGCUGCUUCAUUUCUUUCCUUGUUGAGCACUGGCAUCGCAGCUUGGGGAGAGGAGCAGAGCUGCAGCAGGAGCACCCCACAGACAUUUAAAUUCCCUCUGCCUUCCCCUCCAAACUGUUUAAUUUUGUUGCCUGACUAACGUUAUAAAUGGAGGUCAGCCUGAAAGCUGAAAUGGUUUACAAGCAAAAUCAUAGUUAAUUAAACUGCAAGGAGCCAAAAUUGAUUUUGAUGGAAACUCUAGCAAAGGUCCAUCUGAAUGCAGGAAGCCAAGAGGUCCUGUGCUGGCAGAUGCUGACAGUGCAUUCUGCUUGUCACAGAAGGCGACUUUCUAUUGUUCACUCUUCCUAUUUAUUUCUCCCCAAGUACACUCGAUGCUAUUGUGAUUUAUUGCCAGCUCAAAAGACUACCUCUCUGCACAUUAUUUUGCAGUUUUCCAUUUAUAAAACAUUAAAGAGGAUGUGAUACCAGCCUGUGAUGAAUACAGGGCUAGUCUGGUAAUUUUGUUCCAGGAAACAGUAAGAUUUAUCUCUGGCUUUUCAGCAAUCCUGGGAAAGGGCCAUGCUGGGAACUGCCCAUGAAUAAAGGGGGAGUUUCAAGGCAGGAAGCCUGUGGGAUCUGUCCGUUGAGGCAUGGCUGACUGGAAGGAGUCAUAUCGAACUCUGAGGUUGGCCAUGAGGGUUCAGCAUGUGCAGGUCACACAAACAACUUCUUGAACCCCUUAGAUUUUAGGUUACUUCAGGGGAGGAAUGAGUCUCAUUUGGUUUUGAGCAGCCUGCCAGGGGGUAAAUGAGACACUGAGUUUCCCUUGGAGCAUGAAAAUUGGCCAGGAUUCAAUUAUGUUUCCUGGCAAGCUCUAACAGACAUUUGUACCAAAGCAGCUUCACAACCGGAGUUAGUUUUGGUUUUUGUUUGCAGCAUUUAUGUUAUGCUGAACUUGGAACGUGCCACAUGCACUGUAAAUCCCGCUGGCUGUUAUGGAACUUCAUGGAACUACCUUGGGAAUAAGAAGAGGUGAAGUGUAUCAACCAGCUCCAAGUGCUUAACAACCCUCACAUGGCUUAUGGGACCCCAGGGUGCUGGAAACUUGGAAUAGUUUGGAGCUUUGCUUUUGUGUGGAGGUGGCUGCUCCUGCUUCCUGCCGGCCCCAGGCUUUGUCAACAAUUCCUGCAGUUAAUCGUGGAAUUUCAAACAUGCAUGUUUACGUUCAGGGCCUAACUUUAGACUCCAGCAGCUUGCUUUCGUCUCAACCAGCUCAGCUUCCCAUAUUUCACCGGCCCAGGGUGGGUUUCCUUUGUGUGCUUACCCUGUAAGGCCUCUUGGGAGCUUCGGAGACUGGCGUAGCUAAAACUUGGCAAUAGCUCUGCAUAUGUGGUCUGUUUAUACAGUGAUAAAGCUGUGUUAGAAGUUUCCUAAGAGUACCACUUUGCUCUACACCUAGGCUUUACUCUAGCUUGUAAAAGUACCCCCUGGCCUGGGGAGCAGUGGCUCUGGCAGAAGCCAUGCUAAACAUGGAAUAUCAGGCAUAAAAGAAUAUGUCUUUUUAGUCCAGAAAAGCAAUAUCAUGGUAAGUUUUACUGUAAUUGAUUCUUAGCUCUACAGGGAGGGUGUCCCUGGGCAAUGGGUGGAGGUGAGUUCUUUGUCCUGCCUGGUGAACAUUGGUGGUGAUAGGACUUACUCUGAAAACCAGUGCAUGGGACAUUGCUGCCUGGACCCUAAUGAGCAGGUAAGGCUGGACGUAACAGCCAUGGUGGGGAAGUGAGAGUGACCCCCAAAUCCCAAGCACUGCAUGUCCCUCUUAAGCUUAACAUGCUUUGAUUUGAUGAUUAAUAGAUCUUAGAAGGAAAAAAACCAACCCUGUUCAUGUGUCUAAACCUGCUAACUAUGUCAUAGAGCAUCCUGCAGUACGUGAGCUGUUAAAAUUCUAUCCUGCAGCCAAAUUAGAUUAAAAUCACUUCAAAGCAGGGUAUUUAUUUAUUUAUUCCAUCUAAUGAUUGUUUCCUCCAGAAAUCUACUUUAUAUAUAUUUUCAAGACAGAGCUCGUUGAGCUGUGUUUGGCAGCAUACACAAUCAGUUUAAAAUACAAUUUGAGGACUUUAAAGGUAAGGGUUUCACAGCUGCCACAUUUUGCUGGGUGCCAAAGCCUACUGGUCUUGCUUUCCAGUUUGCAGCUGACUGGUUUACUGAGCCUGGUACAGUGCAAAACCCCCUUGGUUCCUAAUUCCUUACAUCCAUUCCAGUUCCCCCAGUAACAUCCACCCAUCCUUGGAGGGACUGGGGCAGCUUUGCAGGUGCUGAUGCCCACACAAGUUGCUGCUGUGAAGCCAGGUUUGCUAGUGAGAGGUCUUGAUGUGCCAAGUUCAGUUUAUCUCCUACUCUGGACUAAUUAGGAGCAAUAAAGCCAAGCGCAGGAGGGGGUGAUGGGCCAAGCUGCCUUCAUGUGAAGACCCCUGUUGACCUGAGACUGUGAGUAUCAACUGUUUGAGAUGACCAUUGGUGCUCACCUCAAUCCCAAACAUGAUGGGGGGAUUUCAGUUCAUGUUAUCUGCAUGGUAUGUUGGAGUUGUCUGUGUUAGCUCGUGCUGAAGAAGAGUCAGUGAGAAAGGAGCGAUCAGGUGCUGAGUAUCUCAAAGGGAAUAUAUGUCAAAUAAUUUCCUACCAAAAAAAACCUGAAUGGGCUUGUUUGUGAAGAUACUUCAAAUACUGAGAUCUUGAUUUUGAAAAACAUUAAUUUCAUAGAGAACAGAAAUCGGAGCAGGGUUUUAAUUACAGGAUUCAGUGAUGGAGUGAAGGUCAGCACUUCUAUAGCAGUCUGGAUUUCUGUUUUUAAUGCUUAGCAGUGACCUAGGUGGCAUUGAUUUGCCUAUUGCAAAUCAAGCUAAAAGGAUGAUGUUACGCUUCUACUUAAAGUUAUAAGUCUAGUAUUGUCUUUUAAAUUAUUAUUGCCACCCCAGUCCUUAUGGAGCUUUGGUAUCACCUAAAAUGAUUAUCUGCCUGCAGGAACAACUUGCCUUUAUAACCCUCUCUAAAACAUUAUUGUCUGUAUUAGAGCUAAAGCUCCUAUAAAUACAUGUUUUGACCUUCAAGGAAAUACUUGUCUCUUAUCACAGAAGCCCAGCUCUUCUGAGUUGAAUUCUGUGGCCACUCUUUAAUCACUUGUUCUCUCUCCUAAUGUGCUAUUACUGUGUUUAUUGCUGUGUCUGUGGCGCUGAGCCUCUCAGCAAGAGGCUUACUCCAAGAGCCACAGUGUUGAGGCUGUAAUGAGCCUUAAUGACGGAGCAGGUGAGCAAACCCACCACGGAUCUUGCUGUCAGAAAUGCUGCUUGUUCAGUCAAAGAGCACGUUGAGUGCAGUGCUGUUUCCCUCUGUUGGGGCUGUACGCAAACUUGUCACCAGUGAAGUAAUGUAGACACCGAGCUGCUUUGGUUGUGCAGGGAUGGGAAGUAAUCCUGGCCUGGCAUCAGGCGUUACUGGAGGAAAAGGUAGAUGUUUAGUGUGCAGAGGAGUGAAUGCCCCAUGUUGUGUUAGUGCCUGUCUGCCAUGCUGGCCUGUCUGCCAGGACCAGGUGACCUCUCCUUUCAGCUUCUUUCUUACACGCAGAUGAACACUGGACUUCAGAAAUGGGACACUACACAGAAAAUGAGAUCUGCACAGUAUCCUACCCCAGCAGAAUUGGAUGCUUAUGCUAAGAAGGUCGCCAACAACCCACUGACUAUAAAAAUCUUUCCAAACAGUGUCAAGGUUCCCCAGAGGAAACACAUACGCCGUACUGUGAACGGACUUGAUACUUCGGGCCAGAGGUACAGUCCUUACCCAUCUCAGGCCAGCACCAAAACAGGCCUCCUGGCGAUAGUCAAACCUCCAGCAAAAGGAAUUAUCAAAGACUUUGACGGGACACGCACGCGUCUGCUGCCGGAAGCGAUGAUGAAUCCCCCUUCCACCCCUUACGUUGCACCUAGCACUUUAACCCACCCCCAGGCGCUUGCUCGCCAGCAGGCUCUCCAGCAUGCACAGACUCUGCAGCACCCCCAGACUAUCCCGCAGCCACAGACUUUGCAGCACCCUCAGGGUAUACCCCAGCCACAAAGCUUACCGCACCCUCAGGGGAUCCCGCAGCCGCACCCUCCCAACAUGCAGCAGCCUCAGGGCUUGCAGCAUCCUCAGACCAUGGCACACCAGACUCUGCAGCACCCCCCAAAUCCUUUGCUGCAGCCGGGUUUACAUGGAAGCAGAAAGAUGCCGGAUGCAGACGCGCCGCCGAAUGUGACCGUGUCUACCUCAACCAUUCCCCUCUCUAUGGCUGCCACCCUGCAGCAGAACCAGCCACCGGACCUGAGCAGCAUUGUGCACCAGAUUAACCAGUUCUGCCAGGCCAGAGCUGGCAUUAGCACUACCUCAGUGUGUGAGGGACAGAUUGCAAACCCCAGCCCUAUAAGUCGCAACCUGCUUAUCAAUGCAAGUACCAGGGUAUCUACUCACAAUGUCCCUACACCCAUGCCUUCCUGUGUAGUUAACCCUGUAGAUCAUGCUGCUGCUGCUAUUCCUCCUGCCUCUGUUAAUGUGCCCAUGGUGAAUAUUAACAGGGUGCCGCCCGCGUACCAGAACGAAAUCAAAUCGGUUGCGUGGAACCAGCACCAGCUUGCACAUCUGCAGCAAAUGUGUGGGGAUGCUGCUGGGCCUGCUGGACUCACUGGGAAGCACCCUCAGAGAGAGAUCACCGGGCAGAGCUUCCCUGUCAAAACUUCCAACUACCCUCAAGAACUGUGCAUGGGCCAGUCCUUCAGCUUGAAGCCCCCCAUCGAGAAGCCUACACCUUCUCCACCUGUGAACGGGUUGCAGGGACCCUUGCCAUAUACCAAUGGGCACUAUUUCCAGCCCAUCUGGAAUAACAUUCUGCCCACACCCAACAGUGACAGCUCUGGGUCCCAGGACCUCGCCAUGCCUUUCCACGGGGGACAGCCAGCAGGAGCACCGCUAGAUUGUGCAGGAGGAACUCAUUACAGAGCUGGAGCUGGCCCAUCCAGCCAGAAUAAUGUGAUGCAGACCAUGGAUUACCUAAGUGGGGACUUCCAGCAGUCCUGCUUCAGAGAUCAGAGCAUGGCCGUGCUGGGAAAAGUCCAUCGGCCUCCCAUGAACCGAGCACCUGAACCAACCGAUAGUCGAAAUCUUCAUAUUCAACACCCAGGGUAUAGAUAGGCUGCAGUCACUUUCACAGACAAAAGAAAACCAUAGAGGUUUAGUCUUAAUUUUAAUUAAUAAGCAAGGCAUUUUUAACUUGCAAACUUGCGUGAUCAUUAUAGUAACCAUCAGAAGACGACAUACUGUAUAUUUAAAAGCUUUGCUUACGUGUUACCUAUCUCCUUUCUGUAUCAGAUACUUAACAUGCCUUUUGUGUCAGAGGAUUUCAUUACACUACUUCACACCACAGCCCUUUCCUCACCGUAGAACCCCCUUCUGUGCAGUUUCUGCUUAGCAGCUCCUUGCUGCACUGAUGUCGAGUUGCUGCAGGGUUUUGCCAGCUCCAUCAAGAGCAAGGUAGCGUAGCUGCUUAAAUUUCCAUCUCCAUUUCCUCUGAAGAUUAAGAGCAAGAGGAUUUGUCAGGAAGCAGGGCUUAUUUUCAGCCGAAAGCCCGUUUCAUUAAUGCAUUAAACAUUGACCAUUUGCACUGUCUAAAGGCCUGUUUAAUUGAAAAAGAAGCCUAUGUUUGAAACGAGCUAGCUACGGGGAUGUAUUUGGGCAUUAAUACAGGACGAAGCUUUUCAGCUCUUCCUUGCCCACCUUUGUCAUUUUAGACUUUGUCCAAAGUCAAAAGUCUCCGGCAGGUAUCUCUGACACUUCUUUCUUUUGCAGACAGGGUAUGGAGAAGGGGGGGAAUGGUGGGUUUAGGAGGCAGCAUAGCUGCCGUAGGUAGCUGCCUUUUCUCUGCAUUGUAUUUCCCUUCCCCAGUCCCUUUUUUGCCUAAGAGCUAGCUUUGUCUGAACCCCUCGCUGCUAGGAGUCUGGCUGUCCUCAUGCGAAGGAACCCAGACCCACUGACAACCCCAAAAAGGGUUCAGCUUUUUGGUAGCUAAACUGAAUUUCAGGGUGAGGAGACAUAAUCAAUGCUCAGGGCAGUGUGGCACGGUCCCACUGCUGUGAAUGCUCUGCUCAUGAGCCACCGUGGGACCAAUGGUCCCAUAUUCCUCUCCUUCAGAACACCACAGCAGGUUUAACAGAACAAUUCCUCUCCCUGUUAGCUCUUUCUAACAUCCCUUUAUCCCAGGGUCUCAGUGCCUAACUCCUCUGGUUCCUUUCCCACAUCACUUCCAGCAGCUAGUUGAGUCGGUGACCAUAGGACACUAUUGAGUAACCUCAGCAUCUCGUUCCCCUCAGCGUUAUCACAGCACACCUUUUCCUUUAUAACAGCCAGAUUUCUUGUAAGUAGAAAACUCCUCAUCUCUCUUAAUGAGACUUAAUACUUGAACAUAAUGAUCACAAUCAAGUUUGGAAAUUAAAAAAAGAAAAGAAAAAAUUAAUAAAAAAACCCUAAAUGCAUUGAUUCUUUCUAUGUACACUGGCUAAAAACUAUUGCUCUACACUGUAACUUUUAAGUGUAAUAUUUCUGUAUGAAUGUCGCCUGGUAGUGUGGGUUUGAGUAGCAUUGUGUAUGGGUGAACCCACUUGGCCUCUGCCAUCCACUGGCCUCCCUCACAGCCCUUGGAAACAAACAAAGCCUUAAGUAUUUGCUCCUUGAACUUUUCCUCCACGAGCAUGGUUUCAAAGUAAAAAAACAACCCCUAAUCUUUAAAAGACAUCAUACAAAAGUUAAAAACACAAAAAAAAAGAACAAAAAAAAAAAGAAGUGACCGGUUUUGAAGUGGCGUCCUAGUUGGCUAGAAAUCCUUUCCAAGUUUUUUUGGGUAAAUGGAGAAAUUAGGAGAUUUCUUUGUAUUUUUUUUAAGUUAGACGUGUAGUCCCGGGCUGUAACAACUCCUUAGGUUUCAACGCUUAGCAGAGUACGUUUCCUGACUCCUUGCGUAAGUCAGUACACUUAGGGCAUUACUGAAACCCCUUCAAGUGUGCUCUAACCCGUUCUUUAGUGGGAACUCUUAGCAAAGUGAAGCAAUUUGACUAAAGACGGAUUAAAUUAUGUGUCGGCUUGUGUUGCCUUAUAUUUAAAAAGAGAAAAGGAAGACUUGCCUGAUUGUGUUAUGCCAAAUGAUAGCAACAUGAAGUCCUAAUUUAUUGUUUAUAAUCGUAUUCCUGCAGUCUGUGUGGAAACUGGUAAAUAUACAUCUAUGGAAGAACUAAAACCCUGAGGCUUUUCAUGCAAUAUUUCUCUCAAUACAUGAUAGUGGAAGCCAAGGUUUGAGUCUGAAGCUGCUCCCCUUAUGGUCUCCCCCCAUCCUACCCCUCCUGAACCGAUCUAGGGCUGUGCGAUGACUUUAACCUGCUGACUUAGUUCUGCUACCUGAAUCCUUUCCUUUUUACUAAAUAAACUACUGGCAUCUCCUCUGUUCAGUAGCCUGCUGCAAAUCUCAACCCAGACUGUUAUUAAAAGCUGAUUUUUCUGCCUCCUGCUCUUCUCCUGUGAGAGAGAGACCGAGCGGAGUCCCGUGUCGUUGCUGUUUGUGGACGUGGUUUUGAGGCCUGGGAGGUGUUUGGGAUCCUUCUGUUCUGGGAUCGUUCCGCAGGGAGAGCUGUGACCUCUGAGACUUUGCCCCGGGGCAGCAGGACCGGGAAGCAAAACUAUUCCUGAGAUUCAUCCAGGUGGGACAUUGCUUGAAAAAUGGGAAUCAUUUUACUAUUAAAAUAUACUGAAAUAUU